GGCGGUCCCGAGCAGCAUCGUAAAUGGCCUGGAAAUCUCUGAGCUUACAGGUAGUAAGUUUUUUGAGCUUCCUGGUGUGUUCACUCAAAAACAGAUGCCUGUGUACACUAACAAUCUGAUUAGUGAAGCAGAACUCGAUAAGUGGCCUUAUCUCCAAGGCAUCAAAAUUCCUCGAAUAAUUGCCAACGUGGACCUGUUAAUUGGUACCAACGCCUCCAAGUUAAUGGAACCAUGGGAGGUGAUUAACAGCCACGGAGACGGACCCUAUGCUGUCAGAACCCUAUUGGGGUGGGUAAUUAAUGGGCCAUUACAAGGCAAUGACACGCAUAAUGCGAGCCCCACAGUUACUGUUAAUCGCACAAUCGUCAACAGGUUGGAGGAACUGCUUAUAAACCAGUACAUGCAUGAUUUCAAUGAGCAGGGUCCUAAAGAUCAAGAGGAGAUGUCAAGAGAGGAAAUGAAGUACAUGGAACUUGUGGAAAGCUCUGUUCAGCUCCAAGACGGACAUUACCAAAUGAAGUUGCCCUUCAAAUCAGAAAAUACUUCCUUGCCAAAUAACAUCUGUGUUGCUAAGCAACGUAUCCGUGGCCUGGAAAGGAGACUACAGAGGAAUGCAGAUUUCCACAGUGAGUACACAAGCUUCCUCACUGACGUCAUUAAUAAAGGCUAUGCGGAACAAGUGCCACAACACCAGUUAAAACCACGUGAAGGAGGUGUGUGGUAUAUACCGCACCAUGGUGUAUACCACCCUAGGAAGGGCAAGCUGCGGGUGGUGUUUGACUGUGGAGCAGAGUUUAAAGGGGUCUCACUCAACAGUCAACUCCUACAAGGCCCUAACCUAACCAACUCCUUAGUAGGAGUCCUUCUACGGUUCAGACAAGAAUUUGUGGCAGUAAUGGCAGACAUAGAGGCCAUGUUCCACCAAGUCAAGGUGGCAGAAGAGCACAGGGAUUUUUUGAGAUUCCUGUGGUGGCCUGAAGGGGACUUGAAGCAAGAUCUUGUGGAACAUCGCAUGUGUGUUCAUUUGUUCGGAGCAGUUUCAUCACCCAGCUGCUCGUGCUUUGCUCUUAGAAAGACCGCUAACGACAACAAGCACAGCUUUCCAGAAGAGGUUAUCGACACCAUUAACAGGAACUUCUACAUGGAUGACCUGCUGAAAAGCCUUCCCUCUGAUGAGGUUGCUGUCGGCUUGAUCUCUGAGCUCAGGUCUGUCUGCCAGAAAGGAGGUUUCAAUCUCACAAAAUGGAUCAGCAAUAGCCGGAAGGUGCUUCAAAGCAUCCCAGAAGAACACAAAUCAAAAACCCUGCAUGAACUAGAUCUGGACAGAGACAAGUUGCCAAUGGAAAGAGCUUUAGGUCUUCAGUGGUGCAUUGAGACAGACACCUUUACCUUCAAGUUAAGUGUCAAGGAGAAGCCCCGCACAAAGCGCGGCAUGCUGUCCAUAAUCAGUUCUGUCUAUGAUCCGCUAGGAUUCCUAGCACCACUCAUACUCCUUGCUAAGCUGUUGUUGCAGGAGUUAUGCAGACAGAAGUGUGAUUGGGAUGACCCGAUACCUCAAGCCUUCCAGCACAAGUGGAACAAAUGGCUAGCAGACCUUGAGAAAGUGGCAGAUUUCAAGAUCCAUCGUUGUAUCCAGCCCAAGAACUUCGGAGGUAUUGCAACGGCCCAAUUGCAUCACUUCUCAGAUGCUAGUGAAGAUGCCUAUGGUACUGUCACAUACCUCAAAAUGGAAAACACACAGAAAGUAGUUCAUGUUGCUUUCUUGUUUGGAAAGGCCCGAGUGGCUCCGCUGAAGCCUGUCACCAUACCUCGCCUGGAACUCACAGCGGCCGUCGUCGCUGUUAGAGUGGACAAAAUGCUCCAGGCAGAGCUGCAGCUUCCUCUGGAAAAAUCUGUAUUUUGGACAGAUAGCACAUCAGUUCUAAAGUACAUAAAAAACGAAGAUAAGAGGUUCAAGACAUUUGUUGCAAACAGGGUGACAACAAUAAGGGACCACACAGAUGUGUCACAGUGGCGAUACAUCUCCACAACAAAAAACCCUGCCGACGAUGCUUCAAGAGGAUUGAAGGCAGAAGAUCUGGUCAAACAGAGAUGGAUUGGAAGCCCAAUGUUUCUAUGGGAGCCUAAGGAAAACUGGCCAGAAGGGCCCAUAGACAUCAAUGUUUCUGCUGAGGACCCAGAAGUUAAACGCAAUCUCACAGUGAAUGCAACUGUUGUUAAUGAUGUGAACGCUACUCAUCAACUAAUAACUUAUUUCUCUGACUGGCAAAGAUUGAAGGUUGCAGUUGCCUGGAUCCUUAAGCUAAAAAAGGUCUUGCUAAACAUGAGUCGGAAAAGAAGACAGCUACAGUCUACACGUACUGUUGGUAAUGGAUCACUAGUAAUGGAUGUGCAUAAGGAAAUGCAGGCUGUGAGAGCUUCACUGGGAAGCCAGAAGUUGUCUCUUGAUGAUCUCUCAGAAGCAGAGAUAUCAAUAAUUUCUUUUUGUCAGCAAGAAAGAUUCCACAGCGAAAUCACUUCAUUAACCUCUGGGAAACCAGUACAAAAGAGCAGCUCCAUCUACAAGCUAGAUGCAAUUCUAGAUGGGGGUCUUCUGAGAGUUGGGGGUCGACUAAACAAAGCAGCUAUGCCCGAAGAUGUAAGGCAUCCCCUCAUAUUAUCUAAAGACCAACACAUCUCCAGCCUUAUUCUCCGGCAUUUCCACCAACUACUUGGUCAUGGAGGAAGGAAUCAUAUACUUUCAACUGUAAGGAAAAGGUUUUGGAUCACAAACGCCAAUUCCGCGGUGAGAAAGGUCACCACAAAGUGCAGAUUCUGCAGACAAUACAGAGGAAAGACUGGUGAACAAAAAAUGGCGGACCUGCCCACAGAGAGAGUCACUCCAGAUCUCCCCCCAUUCACAAACGUGGGCGUGGACUAUUUUGGCCCCAUCAACGUGAAAAGAGGGCGCAGCAUCGUAAAGCGUUAUGGAGUAAUAUUCACUUGCAUGGCAAGUAGAGCUGUUCAUCUGGAAGUGGCUUACUCCCUCGAUACAAGCUCAUGCAUUAACGCUAUCAGAAGAUUCGUCUGUAGAAGAGGACAAGUUUCCCACAUGAGAUCCGACAACGGUACCAACUUUGUGGGAACAGAAAGGGAGCUAAGAGAGGCCUUGGCUUCCUUUGAUCAAGCCCUUAUCGAAAGAUCUCUCGCACAAAAGGGAAUCAAAUGGAGUUUCAACCCACCGACUGCUUCUCAUUAUGGUGGCAUAUGGGAGCGCAUCAUCAGAAUGAUCAGAAAGAUCUUAAGUGCCGUGCUUCGCCAACAAACACUGGACGAUGAAGGCUUUCAAACUGUGUUGUGCGAAGUUGAAGCUAUGCUAAAUGAUCGCCCCAUCACAAGACCAUCGGAUGACCCAAAUGACCUUGAGGCUCUGACGCCAAAUCACUUACUCCUUAUGAAAGGAAAACCAGUUCUUCCACCAGGUCUGUUUACAAAGAUGGAUCUGUAUGCAAAAAGAAGAUGGAGACAGAGUCAAUACAUCGCUGACCUUUUUUGGAAAAGGUGGAUUCACGAGUAUUUACCGUUGCUACAAGAGCGACAAAAAUGGACAAAUGAAAAAAGAUGUUUCACACCAGGAGAUAUUGUUACAAUAGUGGAUGCUUCAGCACCAAGAGGAAGUUGGAUCCUUGGAAGAAUACUGGAAACAUUUCCUGAUAGGAAAGGCCUUGUACGUUCAGUUCGUCUGCAAACCAAAACGAGCAUAAUAGAAAGACCCGUAACAAAGAUAUGCCUUCUAUGUGAAGGUAUGGAGUAAAAUAACUGCAUUAUUGCAAAAGGGAACCUGAAAACCUAAGAAAGAGGGUUUGUUUUGGUAUUAUGGCUCUAUUUUUAUUUUAUUUAUUUGUAAUUAAAUUGCUCUGUUCGUCACGCCAGUAGCAAUUAGGGGCUGGUGUGUUAGAGCCAUUUACUCUUUCUAUCCGUCAAAGUCAUGACGUCACUAAAGGGGUUGGCUUAAGGCCAAGUGCCAGUCUACUUAGGGAGGGGCUGGGAUCUUGCUCAGGUGUUGCUGAGUGGAGGCGCAACAGUUUUUGACUGUGCCAGGCUAUGAUUUGUUUGCUCCCGUUUAUUUUUCGGUUUUGUUACAAAGUAAGUUUGAUUUAUGUGGCUGUAUGUUAAUAAAUAUUUUUGUUAAACAUGGACACAAUUUUGGACAUCAAUUAUUAGCCAGCCGCACACGUCUAAACUAGCUUCAGUUUUAUUCGGCAACCAGUAGCAGUAAUAGUUUAGGACUUUACCGC